AAAUUUAUUAUUUAGAGGCUAAUACAGAAAAAGAUGGCUGAAAACAGUGAAGUCGCUGUCCAAUCCGCUAACGGUAGUCCAGCCUUACAGGAUGGAAGUGCUGUCCAACAGGGUCAACAGCAACAGCAACAACAAGGAUUCUUUGGCAUACUUAAAGGUCUCUUGAUAAGGAUGGCUAUUAUAUAUAUGAUCAGCAGUUUCUUCCGACGUGGCAACACACCAACAACACCACCCCCAGCUUCUGAUGGAACUGCAGCACAAACUGGAGGAUAUAUCUACACUACCAACCAGUUUGCUAAAGGAACAUUCAUGGAUAUGUAUGUAUAUGUGUCAGAAAAGGAAAAAUUGAAAGAUCUGUCUGAAACUGAAUUGUUUUGGUCAAAGAAAGGAUUAAUUUAUGGUGACUGGGAAUCAGGGCCACAAGGGGACGGAACUCAUGUAUUCUCUAGAAGCAUACCUGCAUCACAGACAGUACAGAACAAUGGUUCAAUAUACCUUCAUGUGUACAUCGUCAAAGAAGGAAACUCGCCAGAUGAAAAAAACAAGGAACGCUACAGCAAAAGAGACACAAUAUAUCGUUCAAUGCAAUUGAAUAAAUUCAAGAAAAGACGUUUUCUAGAGACGAAGAAUUUACUGACUGGAGAAACAGAUGUUCAUCCAGACCUUAUCAAGAAACCAAACUCUUCAGAAUUUGAGAUUUUAUCUCACUGGCAUCCAAAUUUAACCAUCAACCUGCUAGAUGAUCAAACAUCAUGGGUAAAAGGUCAUAUACCAGCACCCCUGGAUGAAUAUGUUGAAUUUGUCCCUGGAGUGGCGAAGUAUCUACCAGUGUUGUACUUCAAUAACUACUGGAACCUCAACAGUGACUAUCAACCUAUCAAUGAUACAGUCAAGUUAUUGAACCUGACAGUAACGUUCAGUCCAAUAUCAUUGUUUCGCUGGCAGAUGUAUGCAGCGCAGGGUAUGCGAAAUAAAUGGACCAAUAUGUUGGGCACAGAUAUGGGGGAAGAUGACCAGGAUCAAGAUUCUUUAAAGACUGCAUUCCUGGAGACCAAUCCGUACUUGCUGGCACUUACAAUUAUAGUUUCCAUUAUACACAGUGUCUUUGAAUUCUUGGCUUUCAAAAAUGAUAUCCAGUUUUGGAAAAGUCGUAAAUCUCUGGAGGGUCUGUCAGUGAGAUCUAUAUUCUUCAACGUUUUCCAGUCGACUGUUGUUUUGUUAUAUGUGCUAGAUAAUGAAACAAAUACAGUUGUCAGAAUAAGUGUGUUUAUUGGGCUUCUUAUAGAAAUAUGGAAAAUUCACAAAGUCGUAAAUGUAAAGACUGAUAGAGAACAUCGUAUAUUAGGUUUGAUACCUAAAAUAUCGCUGGAAGAUAAAUCAACAUAUACAGAAUCACAUACCAAAGAGUAUGAUACGAUGGCAUUCAAGUAUCUGUCAUGGUUAUUGUUUCCUAUGCUUGCCUGUUAUGCCGUGUACUCUAUUGUAUAUGUGGAACAGAAGGGCUGGUAUUCCUGGGUACUCAACAUGAUGUAUGGUUUCCUACUUACAUUCGGUUUUAUAAUGAUGACUCCACAGUUAUUUAUAAACUACAAGCUGAAGUCUGUGGCCCAUCUGCCAUGGAGAAUGUUGACUUACAAAGCUCUCAAUACUUUCAUAGAUGAUAUAUUUGCUUUUGUGAUAAAAAUGCCAACUCUGUACAGGAUAGGCUGCUUAAGAGAUGAUGUGAUAUUUUUCAUCUUCCUGUAUCAGAGGUAUAUUUACAAAAUAGACCCAAAGAGAGUGAAUGAGUACGGAACCAGUCAAGAAAUGUUUGAAGAAAAUGAUGCUAACACUCAAAGUGUUCAGGGUGCAGAGGAAAACCAUAUUGAUAAAAUAGAAGAUUCCGAUAAAUCUCCAGAAGCUGCAGAAGAACAAGAAAAACCUGCUCCUCCAAAAUCUAUACAAGAGAAAAAGAAUGACUAGUCUUUUAUUUUACAUUUCUGAAUUUGUUUAUCUCACCUGAAAUUUUUUCAGGUUAAGCUAUGUAUAUAAGUGGAUGGUCUGGUGGCCAGCAUUUUUACAUAAAGAUCUCUGAAAGUACUGGUCAGAAUUUCACCAAACCAGCUCUGCAGCAUCCUGGAUUGGACUGCUUUCAGUUCUAUUUUUCAAGUGAUCCUACUUGACUUAAUUCAUUAAAGGUUUACUAGAGCUAAAAAACGAAUAAAAAAAUACAACCUUUAAAUGUCUCUUCUUUAGCUGGUUAAUGGAACUUCACCAAAAUUGUAUGUAACAUUCUGGUUUGGAUUGGACCUCUGUUUUAUUUUUUAAAUGGUUCUGUUUUGGUCCCUUUUAGAGGCCACCAAAGCCAAAAUAGAACAAUUCUUCUCAUGAAGAAGUUAAUGGAUCAUCAGCAAACUUGACCUGAAGCAUCCUUUGAUGGACCUGUCUGGUUUUUGAACAAAUGGUUCUGCUUGAUCCCCUUUAAGGGACCACUAGAGAUAAAAAUAGGAAAACUUUUUGAACAGCUUCUUCUUGUGAAUUGCUCGAUGGAUCUUCACCAAACUUGGUUUGUAGCGUCCUUGCAUAUGGUUCUCUGAAGGUUGUUCAAAUGUUCCUGCUUCACCCUGUUUACGGGCCACCAGAGCUAAACAUAAAAAAAUAAGAUAUGUAAAAGAAAAGCUUUUAAAUGAUUUCUGAUGAACUGCUUGCUGCAUCUCUACCAAAUUUGGUCUGUAGCAUCCUUCGAUGAACACAAUUUUUGUAUUUAAUGACACAAUAUGUUUUGAUAUAUAUUUAAGGUCAAGGCCAGUUGAGCAUCUUUAAGAGUCUCAUGGUAUCUUGUUAAAGAACAAUCUUUUGUUAAAAGAGAGUUCUACAAAGUUGAUUCAACACCUAUGCUGUGAGCAUAGGAAAAUUUGUAAAUGAAAUCCAGAAACUAUUCCAGUCUUGUGUUUUAUAAGCAGCAAUUUAUAUCUUGUAGUAAGCAGAGUAUUGUAUGAACAAAAAUUGUCAUUUGUAUGGUUUGAUGUUUGUUUUGAAGGCGACUUUGCAAUAGAGAUUUGAUUGUUGUUGUCAUUUCCACUGUUAGAUAGAGUCUUAGUUUUAACUAUGUAUAUGUCAGGAGUUUUUAUUUAUCAUAUUUAUCUGCCAUUAUAUUUCUUGUUGUUACUAUUGUAUAGAUAUAUUUCGCAAACUCGGGGUGCAUGCAUAUUUUCAACAGCUAUCAUAAAACUUCCUUUAAAGUAUUUUCUGUUAAUUAUUUAGGAGAAAAAUGGACUGAAAACUUACAAAAGUGUAAUUUCAUGGGCUAUCAUCUGUGGAAAAUUUACAUGUAACACGAGUUUGUCAGUUCUGCUCACAUGAGCGAAAGGCUCACUGUGAGUUAUUUGUUACUGUGAGUGUUGAUCCAGAAGUAAUGUCACUGCGUCCAUUAUGCAUUUAUUCACUGUUAUAUUAUUAUAGAAAUUUAAUUAAAAUGUAUGCUAAUUUAAUUAUUAUUACAGAUGUAAAUGUUACUUUCUAUGGUUGUUAGGUUUUAAAUACAUAGAACUAAAAAGUUCACCAAGGAUCACAUUUUGCUGCAUGCAAAAAUAGCCUUUCUUUCAUAAAUAGAAAAAAACAACCAGAAUAGAUAGUCGACAGUUUACACCAAAAUAAUGUUUUUAAUCACUUGAAAUUAUAAUGAUGUGAAGUUGCGUCUUUUUAGCAGUCAACUGUUGAAGACUGUAGUCGAAUCCUUGCAGGUUUCAGUUUGCUAAUUAGAGCUUGAGCUUGUUGACAAAUAUAUCCAUUUCUGAUGUUUGUAAUAUCAGAGAUGUGUGGCAAUCACUGUUGCUAUGCUUUCUAAACAUGUCGAAAUCACAGUAAGCAAUACAUUUUUUACAUUUUCAAAAUAUUUGCAGAUAGAUCAAGGUACUUAGGUAGACAUUUUUGUUGUUUUCUUUUCAUUAUACACAAUUUUAUGGUUCCAGUGACAUUAAUUUGCGAUCAACCCUCGUAUAGAUAGGUUUUCUGCAAUCUGUUGUCAAUAAAGUUUAGUAAAUUUGGUCUGUAGCAGCCAUUCAUGAAGGUCAUUCUUCAUGAAAAAGUGUUACCUUUGUGUCUGGUACAGUUUCCAGUUGAUCAGUUUGGGCUUAUUGGCAGUAAAGUUUGAACUUCCUUGAUGAUAACCAGCUUAUGUAAGCAUCCACAAAUUUUACCUAGAAAACUUCACCUUUUUUAUCUUUAAAAAACUCGACAUAUUUAGGUCCCAUAGAACUUCAGUAUAACUGUGUAUAAUGCCUAAAUUUUGCACCCGAAGACCAGCACAUUAAAUUUGAUAUGCAUAUUCACUUAGGCUUUGAUGAUUUUUACAAUUGUUCGACAUUCUGGUGAAGGGAAAGUACUCUUUGACUUUAUUGUUGUUACAUUGUAUUUGCAUAAAUAAGAGUGGCUUAUUUUCAAUCAACAGAACUGAUUUUCUGUAAAUUUAAUCAUGUUUUAAAGAAAGAAAAAUGAAAUCCUAUAUUGUUAUGAUACUAAUUAAGGAUGGAGUAUUAUCAGUCUCAGAUGAGGGGUGUGCAUUAUACAUGGAUGAGCAGUAUACAUGGGGUUCUGUGAUACUUCUAUGAAAUUGUUACAGUUUAAGACAUUAAUGCAGACUAAGCUUUAUUCACACUGAAAAAAGAGAGCCGGUGUUAUUUUCUCAUUAUUUCAUGAACUGUUUUAACUUAGCAUCUUGAGGUUUCUACGACUUAGAAGUGGUACAGUUAUAAAAGUUUAAUCUAAAACUCUAGAAAAGAUUUAGAAAAUUUGUUUUAAUUUGAUGAUUAUUUCUUACACAGGGAAACAGGUAAAUUCUUUAAUUAUUUUUUUCCACAUCAUAAUCUAGCUUUCACAUGUAUAAUUAUGUUCUACUGACUCCAGUGUAUGACGCUGUGCCAACUUGAUUUUUCAGUUUUAUUAUUUCACCUGCAUGUGUAUAUAUAAACCAGUGUUAUUUAGAAUAGCAUAAUAAUGUUGACGGCUUUUAGAAAAGUGAGCUUUAUAGGUUUUUUUUUACAUUUGGAACCAACUUUUUUUCUACAAGUUUGUACCUUUUAUGUAGUUUAGAUGAUGACCCUGUGAAUGAUUACUGAAUGUUUAUAUUUUCUGUGAAAAAUUCCUUAAAAUGUUUUUGAAACAGUUAUUUUUCUAGACAAUCAGGGUUCGUACUGCCAUAGCAAUGAUUUGGCCUCUUCCCAGGGUAAAGUUUGUUUGAUGAUUUCCUUUGUGACUACUAGGGGUGAGAUGGAUAAAAUUGCGAGAUCUAAUUAAUUGUAACUUUCUAUAUUGCCGAAUAUGGUUAAUGUAACCCUGUGCAGUACUGAUUGCGGUGUGGAUUUAACUGUUUAGGCUUGUUUCAUACUGUCAGAAACUAUACAUUGACCACCACUUGCAAAUCAGUAAGUACUUGGUAGAAAUAUGCACAUGAUAGAUUAAUGGAGAUAUUUGGAGAAAAUUGAAACAUUAUCUUCCAGGACUUCAGUAAACAGACAGUGCAGCUUCUGUACAUCCAUAAAUUAAUAAAACCUUGCUUGCAUCUUAUGUCAUUAUGAUAUUUUAUACUCUACUAAAGUUUUCAUGUUAGAUAAUUUGAAAUCAGUGUGGAUGGAGUCCAUUUAAAUGAAUAAUUUAUAUAAUCAGAAUUGUACCAAAAGUUUACAGCAUGAAGCAAACUGACAAACAUCAACAUUUGUUGUUUUCAAGGAAUUUGAUCUAGCUGUUUAUAAGAAUUUUACCUACCUUUGAAAAGAUGUGUUCUCUUUCUUAGAUGUAAUCAGAAUUAUUACAGUGCACAAUUUGAUGUUACAUUUACUAAAUAGAUAAAUAAAUGGUUACAGUAUGCUUCCAUAAAUCAAUGUAGUGGUUCUUACUUUGUUGAUAAGUACAAAUUUUUAUGAAAAUACGUCCGAAGUAUCUGUCAGGUAAGGACAAAUAUAAAAGUUAGACGUUCAUGCUCAGAAGCCUGUAUUGAAAUGAAUCUAUUUCAGUUACUGAACUAUGUUGAAAAACAUAGAUUUAUAUUUCUUUGUUCUGAAAUUGUGUUUUGCUUGAAGAGUUUUUCCAAAAAAUAGAUGAGCUAAAUGUUUCAACUUCAAUAUAUUUUUGCCUUUAAAACUUGGGCCCAUGUUUAUAAAACAUUUUUCCAUCUCAACUAUAACUUAAGGUUGACUGACCAUCACUUCUGAAUAGUCACUUGGAAAUUUAUCAAAAUUUAAUUUUAAACAUGCAGUUUAGGUGUAAAUGACAAAGUUUCAUUAUCAAACUCAGAAGAGACUGAAAAUGUUUUGUAAACAUGCGGCCAGUUUAUUAGGUCUACACAAACUGACAGGGUGAUGAAAUUUUCAAACUCAUGAGGUGAUCUUAAAUUUUUACAUUAUUGUUGAAUUUAACAACACAUACUUUGAAAACUAUCACAAUUCUAGUACCCUAAAAAGCCUCUGUAAUUUUCAUAACUGUUUAAGAUAUUUUGCAGGUACAUAAGAAACAGUACCAAGAUAUAUAUUGUUUUUAUGCAUUAAACUGCUAGUUGACGUUAGAUUUUAUACUUAAAAGCCACUUGGUAGAAUGUUAAUGCUAAUCAGUGCAGGAAUGUUGUGAUGUUGAUAUUGAAUGCAAUUGAGAAAAUCUGAAAAUGCCAAAAAAUAAGCCAAUUUUUGUAUAGCGUAGAAAAUCAUUCAUUUCUGAGUAAUUUGUAAACUUUGAAAUGCUCGAUACUCAAUAUUAAAUGUAAAAGUGUCA